ACCUCAGGAAUUUGUGCUAGCACAUUGAGUGAAGAUAGGGGAACAUCUGGGUAUAAGCCAGUCAGUGAAUAUGGGGGACAACCCUCUGGAAGAGGAACAUCUGGGUACAAGCCAGUGACGUCAUUUGCCAGCUAUAAGAAAGUGAAAGGUAAAGAAUGGAAAUCAAUUGUUUCAGAGACUGGUCAGGAAGAAAAGAAAAAAAUAUACAAUGUUGUUAUCAGUGUUGGUCUUAUGGAGUGGAUUGAAAAAGAACAGGUUCUUAAAGUCAAAAAGAGGAAAGAAGAUGUCUUUACGAGUGUCGCCAAGUAUGAGCUACAAUGCUCUUCGCAAUCAAACAGAAGAGAAAUGGAACAACUUCCACAGCAAUUCAUAUGAGGAGAGUCAGCCGUAUAACUUAGUAUACGAAGAUGGAUCCAAAAAUCUCUUUCUGAGAGAGAAUUACUUACAUUAAGCAGAUAUCAAGAAGAAGUAGGAAAAGAUUUUUAACUUUGACUUUGAGAUAUCCGAGUGACUUAGCGAUUUCAGAAAAGAUGUUGACAAUGUUUUGAAUACUACAAUAGAAGUUGAGAAACCUGCUGAGCAUGCAAGGUGCCACAAUGCCACUGGUCUCACAAAAGACGCCAGUGAGAGUGCAAAUCAGACUGAAGUUGAUCGUCAGCUUGCCAGUAAAAUGCAAGAAUUGUACAAUAAUGAGGGUUCUGGUGGGCUGCAAAAGACACAUGAUGAAAUCAGUGAAAAUCGUAAAGAGGAUACCGGUCCAGAAGUGGUUGACUCAUCUUCAGUGGUAACAACCUUAGCUGAGAUGGUGGAAGAGAAUGGCCGGCUAUUCAUCGGUGUCAGGAGAGGUUCGCUGUUAAACAGGGUGCUUUCCAUGUGGGAUAGAGAGAAGAAGAAAAACGUUGCCUAA